AUGGACUUUGAAGCAGAUAUCCAGAAUAACGGAUUUCGGAUCGCAUCACUAGGUCAAAUUGUAGCCGCUAAUCGCUAUUUUCUUCUACAGGAGGAACCAACCAAAUAUGGAAAUCAUUUCAAUAUUAG